ACAAUUCAUUCGACAGUAGAAGAUACUUAUAUUGCCAGUAUUGAUACAGGACGAGGUCCAAGAGAAACACUUAGAAUAUUUGACACUGCAGGAAUCCAAUCCUCAAGUCAAAUACCGAAACAUUAUCUUUUGUUUCCUGAUGCAUAUGUAUUGGUAUACGAUCCUAGCCACCCUGAAAGCUUUGACAUCAUUGCAAGUAUAAAAAGUGAAAUUGACAAAAAUAAAGAUAAAAAAGAGGUGGUGAUAACAGUUUUAUCAAAUAUGCAUACCUCAUCAAUUCAACCAAAUGAUACAACAAAUUCCAAUUCACCUAAUAAAAGUGAAAAACUGCCAGCCCAUGUAGAAACUGUUAUAACAAAAGCUAAUACUUGGUCUGCAAAAGAAAGAGUAAGACAUUGUGUUGUGAAUGCCAUGCAAAGGAGUACUCUAUAUGAUCCAUUUAUUAAUUUAGCUAUAAAACUAUAUCCUCCAACAAACAAAAGUACAUUUCCACUUGGAAAACUAUCAAAAGUAAAAAUUGAUUCUCAUAGCUGAUUAAAUGAAAUUAUUUGUUCACCUUAUA